AUGGUCUUCGGCCUAAGCCGACUAACGCCACGGCGUAUCAUCUUCUUCACAUCCGCAUCUGUGCUCUUUUGGAUAUUCGUGAUUGGCUUAACGCCGAUAACGUCACCACUACCUCCUUACACUGGCCCAUAUGAGGUCGGCAUCUUAGAUGUCGAGACAGCGGUCCAGAAGCGGGUUAUUCGCAAAGCCACACUGAAAGAGACAGGAAACAACGCUUUCGAGUUGUCGACUCUGGCUGUCACGCUGUAUUACCCCUCUUCCUUGCCCAACGCUCCUCCUUCGAAACGGCCAUGGGCACGUCCUUGGCUCCCACAGCCAGUGUCUUUGAUUGGCCAAGGGUAUGCUCGCCUCGCUGGCGUGUCGUUAUUGAGCCCUGUUUUCACCUUUGUCCUAUGGGCGCUGGGUUCUGCGACCGUCAUUCCAGGUGUUGUUGAUGCACCAAUCCUCUCUGGCUCCGAGAAAGUACUUGUCGAUGAGAGUGCAGGUGCUGGUGGCUUUGGCAAAAUCUUGGAAGCCGCUGAACAAGAGCAUACCGAACUCAAAAGGGACGACAAGCUCGGUAUGCUACCAUGUGUCGUGUUCACGCACGGUAUGGCUGGCAUGAGCCAGAGUUAUUCGCACUACCUGGGAAGCAUAGCCAGUCACGGCUACCUGGUGGCGGCAGUUGAGCAUCGUGACGGAAGCGGACCGGGUACCAUCGUCCACUACCCCAACGAAACCGAAAGAAACGUUUGGCACAUGAAGCUGAAAGACCUUGUCUCUUACCCAACAAUGGCCGAUCUCGAACUCAAGGAAGCUCAGCUAGCUUUCCGCGAAGCCGAAGUUGCAGAAACCAUCAAGCUUUUUGCUCAACUCAACGUCGGCGAGACUCCAAUCGUCAACUUGAAGCCCAAAUCUUCUCGCGAAGCACUUCCUGGCUUCAAAGACCGCCUUGACCUCUCGGCCGUUACUAUCGCUGGCCACUCAUACGGUGCAACAGGCGUCUUACAAGCCCUGAAGUCAGCCGGACCCAGGGAUUUGAAUCUCAAUGGAGGUAUCGCACUUGAUCCUGGAAAGGGUUCAGGUCCGCUAAACAAGGAUAUCGAUGUUCCACUACUGGUUAUGCAGAGCGGAGAAUGGACCGAGAAGCAAACCGAGUUCUACGGACAAGGCUGGCAUUUUGAUGUGGUGAAGAAGAUUGUUGAGAAUGUCAAGGGCGGCUGGAUGAUGACUUUGACCGGAACCGCUCACCCAUCAUGUACUGACGCACCCUUGAUCGUCCCCUGGAUCAUGAAGCUCGUGACCAAAACUUCGCUGGACUCAAGAGUUGCGCUGCGCGAAUACAUUGACGCGUCGGUCCACUUCUUGAAGUACCUCCAGACAGGGGAAAAGAAGGGCGUCCUUGCUAGUGACGUCACCAGCACAGCAGGCCCUCUGGGAGAUGCUGACAAGCGCGAGAAGACCAAGGGCCAAUAUGGAGCAGAUUGGGAAGUCCACGUUGUGCCAAAGUCAAAGUCCGAGUAA